AUGAACACAAGUGAUGACUGCUGUGAGUUUCCUGGAAAUACCUCUGACAGCUUAACAUCUAGUAAUGAGCUUGUGUUAAUCCAGACAUGGAUUCGACUUGCCUUAGCUAUUUACUUUCAUGGGAAUCACGAGAUCAAAGAAACAUCUGGUACCCUGUUAACAAUAUGCCGUUUGAUAUGCAGAUACUAUACUGAUCCUUCUGGCACUUUCUGGCAAUGCAAUGCAAAAGCCAUUGGUUCUGGUUCAGAAGGUGCUGACAGCUCUUUGCAGGAGCAAUUCAACAAGGACCUCACCCUUAAGGAGGCUGAAACAAUUGCACUGUCAAUUCUAAAGCAAGUGAUGGAAGAGAAGGUGACUCCCAAUAAUGUUGAUAUUGCUAGGGUAUCUCCAACUUAUCAUCUCUACUCGCCUUCUGAGGUGGAAACUGUUAUCAGCCGCCUAUAAGAAGAAAGCUCUCUUGUUACGCUUGUUACCCAUUUCUCUAUUAUGGGCAAUCUUUACUUCCAACUGUUUUAGAAUUUGUGGAUUGUAUUGCCCUUUCUAGCAUGUUAAAUUAUUAGCAUUCUGACUCAUAGACAAAUGGUCAAUCCCUUUACGUUGCUUGGAAAUUCCCUAGGGUGGGAUGGAUUGUUUUCUGACGAGGUCUAAGAUUCAGGUAUGGUUGAGAAGAUACGUUUUCCAUAGAAAGGCUUGAGUUACUUUCUAUGCAAUAUUGUGUCUGACGAAAUGCUUAAAACUCCCCUAGAUGUGUCUGUUACCUAAAGAAAAAUAUGUUAUUAAUGGCCUUUUGUUAUGUGGCUCUUCAAGCGAGGGAAUUCUAUUAUUCCUUAGAAUGAGUUUGUAUUCAACACAGAAGCUCAUCCUUUGCCCAAUCAAAUGAAUUUCUUGAAGUUAAUGA